AUGAUAGCAUGCUAUGCUCAAGUGUCAUUGGAGGCUUGCUAUGAAAUACAAGAGGUUAUAGAGACUUAUGGACGUGCGUCCGGGCAGUUUGUUAAUUUCAAUAAAAGCUCGGUCGUGUUCAAUGGUAAUGUUUCGGAGGCUUUGAAGGAUGAAGUGUCCGAGUUGUUGGGAGUGGAGGUGGUUGCUUCACAUGAGAAAUAUCUUGGUCUGCCCACUUAUGUGGGUAGAAAGAAGACAGCUACAUUUUUGUAUAUCAAGGAUAAUUUGGCCAAGAAACUUGAGGCUUGGCAAGGAAAGAUGUUCAGUAGGGCGGGUAAAGACAUUCUUAUUAGGGUUGUUGCUCAAGCGCUGCCUUCCUAUGCAAUGAGCGUGUUCCAAUUGACUAAGAAUUUCUGUGAUGAUUUGGAACAAAUGUGUGCUAGGUUUUGGUGGGGCUCAACUCUUGAUAAGAAGAAGAUUCAUUGGAAGACAUGGAAAGCAUUAUGUAAUCCAAAGGAGGAGGGUGGACUCGGUUUUAGGAGUUUAUCGAACUUUAACUCGGCCAUGCUAGCUAAACAAGCUUGGAGAGUGAUUAACAACCCGUCUUCACUUAUUGCUCGCUCUUAUUGGCAAGUAGGUGGUGGUACAUCAGUGAAUAUUUGGUCUACUGCUUGGGUGUCGGAGUUGCCAGGUGGGAAACCGGUUAGUAACAGCUUGGCCAUGGAAGAAGUUACGAUGGUUGGUGAACUUUUAUCCUCUACUGGAGUUUGGAACGAGGGUCUCAUCAGAAGAUUAUUCCCUUCCGAAGAGGCAGAAGCAAUCCUACGUAUUCCUCUUAGUUUGAGAGUGGUUUCUGACAGGCUAAUUUGGAAACUAGAACGUAAUGGUCAGUUUUCAGUUAGACUAUCCCUCAAUGACUUGGGUGAAUUAUUUUGCUGGCUGUGGAGUAUUUGGAGGGAGAGGAAUUCUCAAGCUUGGGAGGAUAAGACUAGCAGGGCCUGUGAUGUGAUCAUUAAGUCGGUCUCUCGACUUGAGGAGUUUCGAUUUCACAACUCCAAGCCUCAGAAUAACAGCACUCGCAGAGGUAGGGUGGCUACAUGGGCAGCUCCCCCAGUAGCUGAACAUGGCUUAAGUCCGGCUAUUUUGGAAACAGAUGCUUUGGAGGUUCAGCGGCAACUUAGCUCGCCUUCAAUCACCAAUACUUCUGCACUUGGUCAUUUAUAUGAAGAUUUGAGCUUCAUGUUGGAGGAUUUAGGUAAUGUGAGGAUGGUUUACAUUGGCAGGAAGGCUAAUAUGGUAGCUCACUUGCUAGCUGCACAUGGGAACGAUUUAGUACAUGAUACUUUUUAUUUUUCAACUCCCAGUUUUCUUAUGGCUGCAGUAGCAGCUGAUUUCUCUUCUCUGUAA